AUGAGGUCGUCAAGAUGCUUGUCGCGCCCUCUGGCUUUUGGCACUACUCUCGCUUCCCUCCUCUCUGUAUCUACCGCCCGUAAUUUCACCCAGGCCCCGUCACCGAAUAUUGAUCUCUCUGGACUCGGCCGCGUCGCCCUAGCCGGUGACUUCGACUCAAUAUCUCUCUACACCUACCAGGGACAGACACAGAACGCAAACUUCGCCAAUGGCAGCCAAUAUCUCUUCUCACAGUACCCCGACGCUUCCUUCCAGAGUCUGGCCCUCGCCGAUGCCUUCAUUACCACCAUGUGCCCAUUCGUCAGCGGCGGCACCCUGCAAGGUGUCGUUGUAGGUGGCAACUUCACCAGUCUCGGAGGCGUACCGGCUCAAGGCAUUGCCCUAUGGAACCCAAACACCACAAAGAUUACGCCUCUGGACGGUCUCUCUGGUUCUGUAUCUGCUGUAUACUGUGACGACGAAUCUUCAAUGGUCUACGUUGGAGGUACCUUCACCGGAGGUAACUCGACAAAUGCAAUUGCCUGGUCUACAGGAUGGACUAACCUCCCAUUCGCUGGAUUCAACGGUCCUGUCACUUCCAUCACCAAGAGCUCAAACGGCUCCAUCAUCUUUGGCGGCUCUUUUGACGGUCUGGGCAACACCACAACACCCACAAACAAGGAUGUCCAGGUCAUCAACCUUUCUGCUGGAAACAUCACCUCUGGCGCCUCUACGUCGACCACUGGCUUCAGCGAUCCUCGCAACAUCAUUUGCCAAACCGGCGGUGACACUGCUGGAAACACCUGGCUCCUCGAAGACAACACUCCCGGUUUCUGGAGAGGCUCAUUCGGCUUCGGCUUCAACCCCACCAAGCUGAGACUGUACAACACCAACCAGGAUGGCCGCGGAACAAAGACCUGGCGCUUCACCGCUUUCCCCAUCAACGGAAUCAUGAACUUUACUUAUACAGAUGAGAACGGCAGCUUUGCUUCCUGCACUGCCGACUGCCCUCUGCCUCAAGGCAACACCUCAUACCAAGACUUCCACUUUGUCAACUCUGUAGGCAUGAACGAUUUCCGUAUUGACAUUUCCGCUUGGUAUGGUGCUGGAGGUGGUUUGAGCGGCAUUGAGCUGUUCCAGGACGACAUCUAUUCCUUUGCCAUAUCUACUUUCAAUGAGCCUCGUUGCGAUAGUGUUAGUACCGCUGGUGCCAACUCGACGGCCACUGGCCCAUGGCUCCAGACAGCUUCUGGCUUGAGCACGUCUGACUAUCUUACUGCCAACCUGAACGGCAGCGUCACUACCGAGAGUGCACAGAUCGUCUUCAUGCCUGAUAUCAAGCAAUCCGGAAACUACUCGAUCACUCUCUACACUCCUGGUUGUCUUCAGGACGGUACUUGCUCAAGUCGUGGGAUUGUAAACAUCACAGGAUCCUUGACUACCGAGCAGGGUGCUAUAAGUACCACUUUGUACCAGACCAACUAUUACGACAAGUACGAUCAAAUCUACUAUGGCUACGUCGAUGCGGCCUCUGACUCUUUCCGUCCUGAGGUCACUCUGACGCCUGUCGCUGGUCAGAACACCCCCUUGACUGUUGUAGCUCAGCGGGUUCGCUUUGAGCUAGUCACUUCGACUGGUGGUCUAAAUGGCCUCUAUGACUAUGAUCCCAACGUCGCUACAGUUAACACCGACUUCUCAGCUUCAAAGGUCGACUCUGCUGCCAUGACUCUGGAUACCGGAGCUACAAUCAAUGCUCUUGCUGUCUACAAGGAUGUGACAUAUGUUGCUGGCAACUUCUCCAACGGUGAAAUUAACAACAUUUUCAGUAUUGGCAGCGAGAACGCCACCUCACUCCCCGGAGGCGGUCUCAACUCUGUCGUUCGAACUCUGUACCAAAAUGGUUCCACAAUCUAUGUCGGUGGCAACUUCACCAACACAGUAACUGCUCAGACUUCCGGUCUCAGCGGUAUUGCUGCUUUCUCCAUCGACGACAACUCUUGGAAAGCGCUUGGUGCAGGUGUUAACGGUCCCGUAUGGGCCAUCGUUCCUCUGCAGCUUAACAUCACUGGUAGAGAUCAAGAAACUGUUCUUGCUGUAAGUGGCGCCUUCACCAGCGUGUACGCUGUUGGCAGCAACGCCACUUACUCUGCCAACGGUUUUGCUGCUUGGGAUCCCUCCAGAGGCAACUGGCUUCAUAACGUAGCUGAUGCUACCGUUCGCUUGAGCGGAGGUCUGUUGGCGCAGACAACAGUAGCCGACUAUGGCCAACUCCUCGCUGGCUCACUGGUCGCGUCGCAAAUUGGUCUGAGUGAUGCGGUAGCCCUCACUGGCUCUGGCAGACCUUCCAUUUCGCCGCUUGGUAUUUCCAUCUCGGCUUCCGGAGAAUCCUCUGCUAUGCGCAAAAGAGCUACCACAAGUCAGAAUGUCACCGGUGUCUCCACUGGAUACUUCUAUUUGGAAAACGGCAAGAACAUGACUAUCCUUGGCGGUCACUUCACUGCCAACUCGUCUGCCGGAUCAACCAUCAACAACCUCCUGAUCAUCGAUAACACAAAUGGCCAGAAUGUUAUUGGUCUACCCAACACCAUUGAUGCAGACUCUACAAUUCUUGCGCUUGAUGUUCGCGAUACCAGUCUUUUCGCUGGUGGCUCCAUCACUGGUUCGGCCAACGGAGACGAUGUCAAUGGUCUGCUUGUGUGGGAUCUGUCUACUAGUGCGCUCGCUACUAGUCAGCCUGCCGCACUUGCCGGUAAUUCUGUCUCUGUCCACGCCGUCGCAGCUCAGCCUGGUUCCUCGAAUGUCUUCGUCGGAGGCAACUUUGAGAACGCCGGCUCCAUGUCCUGUCCGUCAUUCUGCAUGUACGACACCUCAAGUGGUCAAUGGAUGCCACCGACUUCUGGACUUAGUGGUACCAUCAACACCAUGACCUGGAGAUCGAAUACCCAACUGAUCGUAGGCGGUGAUUUCACAACUGCCGGCAACAGAACCAAGCUGGCUCUGUACGACUCCAAGAAGCAGACUUUCACUGAUCUGGGCGCUUCAGCCGAGCUUCCCGGUCCCGUCACCGCUAUGACCCCUGCCAACCCCAACUAUGAUGCUUGGUGGGUCGCAGGUACUGCAGCCAACGGAUCAUCAUUCUUGCAGAAGUUUGACGGCACCAAUUGGCACAUUGUGAACGGCUUUGGCUCCGCAAGUGCUAUCAGAGGUCUUCAGAUAAUGUCUCUCACGGAGAAGCAUCAGCUCACUGACCUCGUUCCCUCGAACGAAGUUUUGCUGAUCACUGGUUCCGUCGAGCUUCCUGAUAAUGGUAAUGCUAGCGCCGUGCUAUUCAACGGAACCACUUUCCAGCCCUUCAUCCUCACAACAACCUCCAACGGCGGACAAGCCCACCAUCUUGCCCUUGGCCUCGUGGUCUUGAUCGGCCUUGCGAUUGCUUGCGGUCUGACUUUCCUGCUGGUAGUUAUCGGCAUAUUGGUCGAGCGCUACCGUCGUCGCAGAGAAGGUUAUGUACCCAUGCCUCAGCUAAGACCUGAUCAACAUGCCAACCUGAACCGCAUCCCGCCAGAGAGUCUUUUCGGCACGUUAGAAAAGCGCGACACCGCACCUCGGGUGUAA